AUGAAGCUGCUCAACCUAUCCUUUCGCUGCGCUGGCUCGCUGGUGAUCAACGUCUUGCUGACAGUCUUUACUGCGAACCUGUGCAGCCCAGCUCAGGCAGCUGUGGCCAUCAAGAAAGAUCUUUGCUUCGACCACACCAGCCCCUUUGCUCGCAACACUAUCCCCUUUGUCAGCCGCAACAACGGCGUGGGCAAGAAUUUCGCCUCUUACAUUCACCUCCGCAAGUCGAUGGAGUCCGUGGUCUCGCGCGGGGUAGGCAAGAUGGCUCGCCGAGGCAUGGCGAAGAGGACGGAGGUCUUGGCAGAGGUGAUGGAUGAAGUCAACGACCCGGCCCACCACGCGGUUGGGCUCGAAGUCGCUCUGUAA